GAGGUGGGAUCUUUUAGCAACCGUCCAUCUUCAGCUAUAUUCCAGUCAACGAGCUUGUCGAAAAGAAAACACAAUUUGGAAGUGAAGAAGACCUUCUGGAAUAAGUUGUGGCUGUUAUUGACAAAAGAGAAACGAAAGCCCAUAUCAUAGACGGAAUGUGGACAUCGUCGUAGUCAGAGCCAUGGCUGACAAAAGAAAACUUCAAGGUGAGAUUGACAGAUGCUUGAAAAAAGUAGCGGAAGGCGUGGAACAGUUUGAGGACAUUUGGCAGAAGCUUCACAAUGCAGCUAAUGCAAACCAGAAGGAAAAAUACGAAGCCGACCUCAAGAAAGAGAUUAAAAAAUUACAGCGACUGAGAGAUCAGAUAAAAACAUGGGUGGCCUCCAACGAGAUCAAGGACAAGCGGCAGCUCGUGGAGAACCGCAAGCUCAUCGAGACGCAAAUGGAGCGGUUCAAAGUGGUGGAGCGGGAAACAAAAACCAAGGCCUACUCCAAAGAAGGCUUGGGACUCGCUCAGAAAGUGGAUCCGGCUCAGAGGGAAAAGGAGGAGACGGGGCAAUGGCUAACAAAUACGAUAGACACUCUAAACAUGCAGGUCGAUCAGUUUGAAAGCGAGGUGGAGUCUCUUUCGGUUCAAACGCGAAAGAAGAAAGGUGACAAAGAGAAGCAAGAUCGAAUCGACGAGCUCAAGCGCUUGAUCGAGAGGCACCGGUUCCACAUUCGCAUGUUGGAGACCAUUUUACGGAUGCUGGACAACGACUCUGUGCCGGUGGACGCCAUUCAGAAGAUCAAAGAUGACGUGGAGUAUUACAUUGAUUCUUCGCAAGACCCUGACUUUGAAGAGAACGAAUUCCUGUACGAUGACUUGGACCUCGAAGACAUCCCUGCAGCAUUAGUGGCCACGUCUCCAUCGGGUCAGGGCAACAUGGAAGAUGAGAUGUACCUCCACUCGAGCAGCACCCCCACUUCCACCACCUCGUCGUCACCCAUCCCUCCGUCGCCGGCCACUUGCGCCGCGGAGAACUCAGAGGACGAUAAGAAAAAGGGCCGGUCAGCAGACAAUGAAGUUAGUCAGUCGCCUGUUAAGAACGGCACGCCCUCCCUGCUCUCCUCCUUCUCCUCCUCCACUACGUCCGGCUCCUCCUCAUCGUCCUCCUUGGUGUCCAUGGCGAGCGUGGUCGGAGGCGGCCCCGUGGUUCCGACCAGCAGCGGCCUAAUAGGAAGCUUCAGCAGCGCCGUGCAACAGCAUCAGCAUCUGCCAGCGCAGCAACAACAACAGCAGCAGCAGCAGCAUCACGCUCAGCCGCAGAACCAAUCGCAGCAGCAGCCCCCUCUGUCCAAACCGUCGGCUCCCUCAAACAGCACCCCCAGUCCGCCCGGCAACCUGCUGCUCCCGGCCUCCACCGCCUCGUCUCUGCCGGCGCCCAGCACGCCCGUCUCCUCAGCUGCCGGUUCCCUCGCCCAGCCCUCGUCCGGGUCCGCUCCCGUGUCCAGCUUGGGGCUCGGGCUCGGAUUGGGUUUGGGCAAAGGGGGCAUGACGGGGACCGGCGGAGCCAGCCAGAUGUCUGCUUUAGGCCUGGGGGUCCACUCGGCGCCCCUGAGCACCAUGGCGGGGCUCAUUUCGGGGUCCACGCCGGCGCCGUACGCGCAGGCGGCGGCGCCGGGGGGCUUGGGCCUGAGCGGCAGCGGCGGCACGCCGUCCAGCAUUUCAGUGGAGAGCAGCACGUCCAUCAUCACCACCUCCGGCUCCAGCGGCGUCACCACCAACGGAGCGGCUACGGCGCUCGGCCUGCUGGGCUCCGGCCACGGCUCGCUGAGCGGAAGCAUUCUGGGCCUGGUGUCCGGCCAGAACGCGUCGUCCGCCGCCUCUCAGGCGCCCCCCAGUUCCGUCAGCGCUUCGCCCGGAGUGGUCGGCAUGAUGGGGGGCAACGGCGGCAUCGUCGGAGGCGUGAGCGCUGCGCCUGCCCGACCGCCCAGCGGACUCAAGCAGAAUGGAAGCACAAGUUACAGCGCUGUCGUGGCUGAAAGUUCGGCGGAGUCGGCUCUCAGCACCCCGAGCCAAUCUCAAAGCAGCCAGCCGUCAUCCCUCAGUUCCUCCACCAGCCAGCCGUUGGACAACGGGCCCAGCUUAAUCAGCUCCAUCACCUUACCCCCGAGCUCGCCGUCGCCCUCCUUUUCGGACAGCACGCCCGGCGGAGGGAGCCUCCUCAACGGGCCCCACUCCUACACGCAGGCCUCCGAGGGCCUCAAGGCUCCCGAGCCUCUUAUCUCCCUGAAGGCCAUGGCGGAGAGGGCGGCCCUGGGAUCGGGCCUUGACGGAGAGAUCCCCAACCUGCACCUAACCGAGCGAGACAUCUUCUCGUCGUCCGCGGCGCCCGGCGCCCCUGCCGCGCCGCAGCCAUCCGUGUCCGAGGUCAGCAUCCCGCCGUCGCUCGGCGUCUGUCCCUUGGGGCCCACCCCCCUGCCCAAAGACCAGUUGUACCAGCAGGCCAUGCAGGAGUCGGCGUGGACGCACAUGCCGCACCCCUCUGACUCCGAGAGGAUCAGGCAAUACUUGAUGAGGAACCCGUGCCCCACCUUGCCCUUCCAUUAUCAGAUGCCUCCGCACCACUCAGACUCCAUCGAGUUCUACCAGCGACUGUCCACAGAAACACUGUUUUUCAUCUUCUACUACCUGGAGGGCACCAAGGCUCAGUACCUGUCGGCCAAGGCGUUGAAGAAGCAGUCAUGGAGGUUUCACACCAAGUACAUGAUGUGGUUCCAGAGGCACGAGGAGCCCAAGACUAUCACUGAUGAGUUUGAACAGGGCACUUACAUUUACUUUGACUAUGAGAAAUGGGGCCAGCGGAAGAAGGAGGGCUUCACGUUUGAGUACAGGUACCUGGAAGACCGAGACCUGCAGUGACCGCCCCUCCCGGAGGACACCGAGAGACACAAAUGUACUGCUGUCGACAUUCCGAGACUGAACUCCAAACUGUGGAUAGAGAUUGUGAUGUGUAGUAGAAAACGCUCUCCCCACUCCCAAAAAUGAAAAAAAAACAUCAACAACAACAAAAAAAACGCCAACAAAAAAGCAAAGAGCGUUGUCUGUAUAGGCUGCGUCUCACGCGAAGCCCCCCAUCGCUUAAGUAGCGCCUGGCCCUUGACCAAACGGAAUAUAACAACAAAAAGCGCCCUCUGGGCUUCUCUUCCUCGCCCCCUUCGAUCAAACGUUCUCGCGCUGCCUGAUGCGAGAGCGUUGCCACGCCAGGCGUGCGUUUGUGCCUGUUUGUGUGCGCACUCACUUUGUGGCAUUAGGAAAGCCCGACCCCCUCCCUCUAAUGCAUGUUUCUUAUAGUUUCUGUUUUCUUUCUUUCUUUCCAAAAAACAACAGACAUUCUGUGUACACGAGCCCGGACGCCUCUUUUGACCGGACACGAAACGACAACAAAAAUGUUCCUUGUGAAUUCAAACUGCCCUUCUUGUAUUUACUGUAACUUUCUGGUCUAGAGUGGGGGAGGUACAGUGGACAUUUUCGUCUCGGUGCGUAGGAUUGGCUUUGUUUGAAAACCCUGUGAAUGCCUGUUGUGGUCACUCUUAGACCUAGUGAGCGCUUAUCAAUAGUGUUAUUGAUCUUGUCGUGGUCCAUUUAAUACAACGAGAAGGCAAAAGGCGGCUGAGAGCGACCACAGGGCCUCUCCCUGUGGCAGGGAUAGCGUCCUAAUCGGACUUGGAUUAAAUUGCUAUGCAAUUGAACUGGUCUCUGACUCCCUCUCUUUACCAAUAAAGUUUGUUUAUAAGUUAAA